UCACUCUCACUCUCUUAUGCUCAGCGCUGAUGAACUACAUUUGUGAGACCAGAGAAGUAGCAAUGAGCUUCAAAGAAUCAGAGCUCUGAUGCGAUUCGUCUAUUAAACUAUAUUUUCGGGGAAUUAAAGUAAAAUUUGCAGCAAAAUAUCAAGCUUUGUCCUUUGUGUUUGAACUAGGCUCUCUUCGUUGUAGCAAAACUUUUAUUUUAUUCUGGUUUUUCCUAUUUUUUGGUGGUCUUAAUUAUUCCUCGGGAGGUAUUUGAGAUGGGUUUUUAAUUUCCAUUUUUAUUUUAGGAAAGAAAUGGGUUGUUAAUGAAGAUCCAUUUUGUAUGCGGACGGUAAAGUGUUGGAUUCAGUAAUAUAUAUAAUAUAUGGGGUUGGGUUCUGCGAGAUUCGACCAUUAAUUUCUUUCUUUAAUAUUUUGGGCAUUUAAAAAUCUUUUUCAUAAUUUUCAACGAAUGCGAUGUACUCAGGUUUUUCACGGGAUUUCAGAUUCUGUUCUUUUUCUUUUCCUUUAUGAGGUUGUUGUGAGUAGAGAGUUGAGAGUGAGAUUUCUUUUCUUUUUUUUUUUAGUAGCAACAAUAUUUUCUUUUAUUUUUUACUUUUCUCUCUCUGCUUUAUUCACGAAGAACCUGAUUCUCUAAACACGAGGAGCGAAUUAACUUUUCUUGCUUUCUUCUACUUCGCCUUGUUUGUUUUCACAAUCUUUCUGUACUUUUUUUUUUUUAGUCUUUAUCUCUACGCUGUUUGUGAGUGUGUGUUUUAUUUUAUAUUAUUUUUUGGUUCUCAUCGGCGAGAUCUUCCCGAGCUCUACUUUAGGACUGUCAGAGUGAGAGAAAGAAACGGAGAGAUAUCUGGAAACUAAAUUGAAUUUUCUAUUUUCCUUGGAAAACAUAAACGCCAAUUUUUCAGUUGUUUCUUUCCGGCGAGUUUUUCGGUAAAAAACAAACACCAAACCACUAUCUGUACGUUCUUGGCGUCCACUUUCCUCUUCGUAUAUCUGCGCAAUGGAGAAUAAUUUCUGACCGGUUAUGUCAUUGUUCUGCAAUUGAAGAAAGCCCAAAAUUGUAGAAGAAAAAAAAUAUAUAUAUAUAAUAAAAUAAAGAUCUAGUUUCAGCAUCUCUGAAGGUGUUUCUUGAGGGGGGGUUUUUGCAUUCUUGGUCGAUUUUGAGCCUUCCAAGCCGCUUUCAAUUUCACAUGUUAGUAUCAUUGUUUUCACCCAACAAAUGGGCAAGGCUCGAGACGUGAGGCGUGGAGCGAGUAGGUUUAAGCAUUCUAGACAAAAUCUAUUCUCUGAUGGUGUUGGUGAGGGCUCUGUGUUCUCCGAAAAAUCGAAGAAAGAGAGACUACGAAGAUUGAGUGCCGUUGGUGAAGCAAGCUCGAGCUACGGUGCCCGCGAGAUGGGCCGUGAUGUGUCUGACAGAGAAGAUGAGCUUCGCGGUAUUGGUCCUAGCAAGAGAUUUAAGCUUCCCAGAAAGUUUUUGGACGACUACAAUGGCGUUGAUCGUGCCUCUGUCCCGCGAAAGUUACGCUCUGUGAUGAAGAAGCGUAGUCGUGAAUCUAUAUCUCCUCCAUUCCCAGAUUCGAAGAGGCCAAGUAAUGCAAGUGGAAUAAAGUGUUACAGUAAAGAUAGUGUCAAGAAACCAAAACCAAACAUGAAACAAGGAGGCUCCCAUAGUCAGACCGAGUCUGGGCCAAUCACAAAAGAUGAGGAAGAAGUCGUGGAGACCUUGUAUGCUUUGGCCGGCAUGUUUCCCAACAAUGUUGCAAGUGAUAAGCCGAACUUAGACCCUGAAUGUUUGGAAGUAGAUCCAUCGGGUUUGCCAGAGCCAAAAGAGACUCAUAUGCCAACUCCUGAAGCACUGAAUGACAAGUUGAGCUCUGUUGGUCCUUUGACAAGGGCUGAGGCUGCCAAUCUCUCAUGUAGCGUAGAGAGAUCAGCUGAAACUGUUCAUAUCGAUUCCGUGAACAAACUUAGUGUUCAGGAUCAAUCAGCCUUGCAAGGGAGCAAUAAAGUACAUAUAGAAGUGGAUAAUUGUGUUCCAGAGUUGAAUUUGCAUUCUUCGUCCAUGUCAACCAAGAGUGAAGCAUUUAACUUUGGCAUUUCUUCUGAGGUGUCGCCAGAUGCUGGAUUAAAGCGACCCCCAGAACAGGAUACUUCACUUCUUGAGAGAAAACCAGAAAAUGCAUUGGGGUUGGCUACAACUAUUGGAAGUCAAUUGGAACCACAUCAUACAAUCGAGGAAUCCAAGAAAAAUGAUCCAAAACUGUGGCCUGGCUUGUCAUCAAUUGAUUCACAUGGUGCUGGAACUGAUGAUCCAUGUUUGCCGUCCUCUGCUGCUAAAGUUCCAGCUUGGCUGGAUGCUGCCUUGUGUACCUCUGGAAGCAGGUCGGUCCAAAAUGGUUCAUCAAUUGGAAAGAAUGGAUUUUUGACUAAACAGGUUGCAAAAGUUACAAUCGAUAGAAACUCAUGUAAGAGGUAUGCAGCUCAUGUUUAUAUCAGUCAUCUAAUUCAGGCUUUACAUAUGUCCAAGAGCAAAGACAGGUUGCCAUUACACCAAAAUCAAAUGAGACCUCAUGAAGGACUGAAGCAAGGAGUUGUUGUGGGAGUUAAAAGCAUAAAUGGGAGGAAUAUUGGUUUAAAUGGAGUUGUUUCUACAAGCGGCAUGGGUAAUGCUACUGUUGAAAGAAAUUCAAAUGGAUCUAGCAGUGGUAAUUUUCAUCGAAGGAGACUUCAUAUAGAACAGCCACAUUCCCCUCUACAUUCUGAGGGAUGCACUUAUCAGAAGCAGAGUUUUGAUUUCCUGUCAUUGUCAGCUGGAGUAGGAGGAUUGGAGGCCAGUGAUAGUUUUGGUAUAGCUAGAAAGGGAUUGGACACCAUUUCACAACUUCAAGUUCCUUCCCUUCCUUCACUUGUGCGAAACCAGACACCCUUGCCUCUCUCUUUUCCCCCAUCUCUCUACAGCUCUGCUUAUCCUGAUUAUUCAUCAGCACAGCAGGGCCAGAUGCAGCUACCUCAUGGCAAUCCAUUCUAUGGCUUUCAAGCGAGCUCAACAGCAUUGACAAAACAGCGACCUCAGCAGCAACAGCAGCAGCAACCGCUUUGGGCCACUCAUUACAGGCAAUUGGGAACUUCCACAGCCACUGUUCAAUUCCCGAAUUGGCAAAAUGAAAGACAGGAGACUUCGACAUUAUUUCCAUGUGCCCAAACUCUGAUUUCUCCUUCCCAUUCAACACUUGGAGUGGUUGGUUCAAAGAAUGCAUCUUUAACUCAGCAGCAGCAGCCGCUGAUGGGCGUUGCUCUGCCAUUUACCGCUGGCAGGGUAAUAAGACAAGACCACCCUCUGCCUUCUGUCUAUGAAGAUUCUGGAGGCAGGUUCUAUGCUGGUGGUGCUUUGCCAUUGCAGUGCUCUGCAAUGAACGCCUCUAAUUAGAUAAUUCACCAGUCUGGCGAUAGCAAAACGAAUGGCUAAUGCAUUAUUAUUUUUAUUCUUUUAUUCUGUUCACUCUUAAGACUUGGCAACCAACUUAGAGAGGAGUUCAUAAAGAAAUGUAAAAAUAUGCUUUUUAAGGUUUA